GGUUGGUCGCCAUUUUUUCAUUUUCCCAAACUUCAAAGCUUACUAGGAAAUCUGUCUUGUCUUCGUCUUUUUCUAACUUUCCUCUCUUUCUGUCAUGAGUCUCACUAGUAGUAUAUCCCUGGUUGGGGGGCCUGCUACCAGUAGCACCUCUGGAAAGCAAGACCGUGUCAAGGUAGCCAUUGAACCUGACCCUGCCAACAAGAUGAACGUACAGCCAAUACUGAGAGACUUCGAACACUCCAUUCCUCUCUCCAGCAUAUUAAAAGAAGUCGCCUCGAGGUGGAACAUAGAGAGACCGGAGACCCUCAGUUUCAAGUACUCCAAGGACUCCAAAGGGAAGUUUGGCUACGUUACUGAAGACAACAGACAAGAGCUUAAAAAUGGCGACAUAUUGUGCAUUGCACUCUCUCCAUCUUAUCAAGCAAAAGAAACUUACGAUAAAGUCAAUUCCGGUGACCCUCAGAUAAAGAUGAAAGGGAUUGAGGAGCUACUCUCUCUCUCCCGUGACUCAACCUUUGCCGUUGAGUUCAUAUCAAUGAACAACGGGACCGGGAUACAGACGCUACUGGUAAUGACAGAGAAAAGCCAGCUCUCACCCGGGGCUGAUAAAUCCCCACCUCUUGCCGAUAAGAGUAACCUUAGCAACGUACUGGGAGCCUUCCAGGAGCUGAUGGAGCAUGGGAUAGUCUCCUGGGAUACCGUGGGAGACAACUUUGUCAAGAAAGUCGUCAAUAUCCUUGACCGAUCGCGGGACAGGGAUUACUUCCGUCCGUCCAUCGUCCACCGUUGUAUGGGUAUACUGGAGUCCAUUGUCAUGAACAGUAGUCUCCAUUAUCAUAUCGUUACCCAAGAGGUCAACCCGCAGAGUCUCUUGGAGUACAUACGAAAGGACUCGCCAGAAGUGACGCAUUAUACCUUGGUUCUAAUUAAUGCCCUUCUCGCUAAGGCUGACAAUCAACGAGAGUUAUUGAGACAACUCUCAGAGCAGAACUUCAGUCGCAUUAUUCACGAUAACAUUCUCCAACGAGGCCCAGUCGAUCGGGAUAUAGCUCACCAGCUGUCCAUCUACCAGUCCUUCAUUUUGAAUCAAGUGGAGGGGAGGAUGAGAACCAGUUUCAGGGACGGAGACUCAACCAUGGAGACUUUGCUGAAGCAGCUGCCUCAUCGUGCCUUCAGUGAUGAGUAUCGGUCUAAGGGAAGUAUUGCAGAGCAGCACUGGAAGCAGCUGGGUUUCUCACAGGCUAACCCACGUGAUGAUUUCCGGGAGACCCCGCCUGGACUACUAGCACUGGACUGCAUGGAGUAUUUAGCAAGAACCAAACACGACGUCUACACUCGCCUUCUCUUUGCACAAAUGGAUAACCCUUGUCCCUUUGCUAAGACGAGUGUAGCUCUUACUAAAGUUCUCUGCUCAAUAUUUCGUAUUGGUGAACAACCAGCAGACAUAAGCUACAACGUAACUGAGUUCAUUCCUCUCCUGAUACUUAAUGAGGAGCCUUUCAAAGAGAUAUACUGUAUCACCAUUCAGCUGCUGUUUAAAACCUGGAGAGAGAUGAGGGCUGGUAUACUUGACCUUGAGAAGGUUACUGCUGUUGUUACGAAACAGAUCACAACAGUAAUUCAGUCUCAAGAUGCUAGUACUCUCACGUCAUCUGAUACAUUCCGCAAUCGCUUGUUUGAACUGAGUUACAAGAAGAUCACAGAGUCUGAAGAACACACGCAGUUACUUGACGAAAGUGUUCUAAAGAGUCGACCUGUCCAAGACCUCAAGAAGAAGAUCACUCCAGAGAUCAACGAAUUAGUCAAACGCGAGAGGCUCAAUCAUCUCGUCCACGGGAGCGCUUUCCCUAAAGUCGGAGCCAAAAGACGGGAUCAGUAUUUCUAUUGUCGUUUGCAUCCUAACCACAAGGUGAUUCAUUUCGGUGAUGCAGCUGGUCAUGGACAGACUGCCCCACCACUGGAGAGUCUUGACAACAAGAUACAAGUCUCAGAGAUGAGGCUGGUCAUAGGUAACGAGUGCCCUCACGCUGAGAGACUCCGGAAAGGAUCAAACAUGAUAUUCUCCAUUUUCUACAACAGUAAUGAGCAUCUUGACUUCUGUGCCCCCACAGAGACAGUUCAUAACAUUUGGGUGGAUGGUCUUUCUGUCUUACUAGAUAAAGACAUGCCCAGUAAGGCUGCAGAAGAGGAUCUGGAGACGCUGGUCAAUAUGGAUCUUAAAUUACGAUUGUUGGAUUUGGAGAAUAUCUCCAUUCCAAGUCAGCCUCCAGUCAAACCUGCUGAUCCUCCAUCUUUUGAUUUUUAUUACAAGUUAGAUUGAACAAUGCUUGUUUAAAUAAUUUAUUAUUAUUGUUAUUAUUAUUAUUAUUGUUCUUGUUCUUUCACUCUUACCUCAUUUGGUGUGUGUGUGUGUGUUUAUUAUUAUAGUUUAUAGCUUGUGCUCUUUUGUAGAUCAAUUCAGUUUCUUAUUUCAUUAUAAAUAACUUUUAGUUUGUCAAUAACUUUAUUAAAGCA